AUGGGCGAACUCCUUGCGGUUUCAUCUGGUAUCGCUGGCCUACUAUCUUUAGCCAUCGACGUGGGAGAAUUGAGCAGCAGGUACAUCAAUAGUGCUAAGCAUGCCCGUACUGACGGCCGUAUGUACUUGGCUGAGCUGCAAGACCUCGACAUCAUCUUCCACCAACUGGAGCAGCACAUAAACACAUGGCCAUCAAUCUCGGGGAACCCGCCGGUGGAAUUCACUGCCUUCAAAAAGCUAGGCUUUCAAGAUUGCUCAACGCGUCUAGCUGGGAUCAAGAAAUCUCUGGAACCCUUCCAAGGCAGGAGUUCACUUGGACGACGCCUUGCAUGGCCUUUCAAAGAGCCGGAUACUCGUAAAGUCAUUGAAGACCUUCAGCGCUACCGUGGCAUGCUGAACGAUGCCUUGUCACGAGAAGCCACCUCAAAGCUAUUGAGCGGCACUAAGCGAGCCGCAGAUGCGUCAGAAGAAAGUCUUCAAGAGCUGCGUGAGGUGAAGCGGCAGCAGCUUACUGCCACGGACGCCAUGCGACGCCAUGCCGCCGAUUCUGGAGAGAUGAGGAACGGCAUCAACGAACUCCAGACUCGAACUGCUUUACUACAGCAGGCAUCGGAAGCCUUGGGAGAAGAACAGACUUACGCCAGCAAGCGCGCCUUUCUCGAUUGGUUAUCAGUCCUUGACGCUUCAAUAAUGCACAAUAGUUCCCGAAAGUCACACGUUGCGGGCACAGGCCAGUGGUUCCUUGGCUCAGCACGUUUCAUCACCUGGCAAUCAUCUGCAUCACAGUUACUUUGGCUUCAUGGUGGUCCUGGUACUGGGAAGACUGUACUGGUGUCGACCGUGCUGCAUCAUAUGUUACAGACGCUUGACGACCCCAUUCUGACCGCUUUUUGGUACUUCGAUUUCAAUGACUGUCGAACGUUGACUCUAGAAGCAUUUGUGAGAGCCAUUCUAAGACAGAUAGCUGCCAGCACCGACUCGAUUCCUCUGGAACUGAGGAAGGGCCAUCAGCAGUACAGUGACCGGUGCCAACAACCAGGGACCGGCGAUCUACUAGAAAUGUUCCGCAUCCUCAUGACACGUCACUCAAGGCUUAACAUCGUUGUGGAUGCGCUUGACGAAUGCGUGGAGAGAAUGGAAGUGAUUGACCUACUUGGGCAAUUGCUGGAUAGGUAUAGCAACGGUCUCAGAGUGCUUCUAACAAGCCGCCGCAUACCGGACAUUGAGACGCGUCUAGAGCAGAUCGAUGCUGCUCAGUUCAGCACGUUCGAACUCGGCAAAGAGCUUACAGCCGCCGACAUUGAUGCCUACAUCAGGAGUAGGUUGGCCACCGAUCCAGGGCUCCGACGACGAACGGCAGAUGACAAGUCUCUCAUUCAGAGGGAACUCUCUGCUGGGGCUAACGGAAUGUUCAAAUGGGUCGAGUGCCAGGUCAGGUCACUCGCCGAAUGCCGUACAUCUGGCGCUCUGAAGAAAUCUCUGCGCUCAUUGCCUCCUACACUGCGCGCAAGCUACCUGCGGACUGUGGAGGAGAUGACGGAGACCGACCGCGAGCUCCUCAUGUCUUCCUUCAAAUUCUUGAUGUUCGCUCAAAGGUCUCUGUCGCUCGAAGAGCUGGCUGAAGCGGCUGUGUUGACGCCAAAUCGAUGUCUCGAUGAAGACAGUCGACUAUUUGAAGCUCGAAUCAUUCUUAAUACGGCGUCAGGCCUGCUGAAAGAGCAGCCUUCGAAUAGAUUGGGUUAUCCUAAUCAGAUGGAUGUCAAGCUGGCGCAUUUUUCGGUGCAGGAGUGGCUCUACUCUGCACUGCUCUCAGAUCAACCAUUCCUGUCAUCGCGGAAAGAGAAGCUCGCCCAGUCAUGGAUCAGCGAAGACCACGUUCAUCGCGACAUAGCACUCAUGUGUGUUGGAUACCUUCAGGCUUGUCAGCAGGAUAUCAAAUCCAACGCCUUUGAACUCUAUCCUUUCAUUGCCUACGCCGGUCGCUAUUGGACAUUUCAUGCCUCAAGAGCCUUUCAGGCUCUACCUGACGACUGCUCUGAACUGACUAAACAAGUUGUCCAGUUGCUCGACUCAUCAGCGCCAGCCUACCUCACCUGGCUCAAGGUAUGGCUACCGGAUGAGCCGUUCGGAAACUUGUUUAGCGGGUACCGCAAAUUGAGCACGAAAGGCGUUCGUGGACCUCUAUACUAUGCCUGCAGAUUCGGGUUCGAUGCGGUGCUGAAGUGUCUCUUGACAUCAGACAGGGCCUUCACAAACGUUGACUGGGAAGACUGCUUUGCCCGCGCGUGGGCUGACGAGAACAUCAGCAUCUUGCAUCUUCUCGGCACCCGUCGUCCCCUCCUUUGGACGUCUCUUCCGAUGCCGCUCAGAGACUGUGCCAAUCAUGUGGUUGCUAAGCAUCUCAAGACCCUUCUGCAGGAUCCCGACGGCGACGAAGCUGUCAGCAGAGAUCUCAAGUCUCAAGCCUUGUACAUUUUCGCAAUGCUCUGGAGCGCGAACUUGAACAUGACGCAGUCCGAGCUCGGGAACGGAACCAUGCCAGCUGAGCAGCCUCUACCAUUCGCCGAGGACAGGAAAGGUUCAAUGCCGCUCGUAUUGCCAGAUGUGAUUAUCAAAAUCAUUUCUGGGUUACAAAACUUUAGGGACGCGUUGAGUAUCACAGCCGACUUCUGCACCCCAAUUUAUGGCCUCUUCCUGUACGCGAUUCAUGUUGGUGGGCUCUCCACAUUGUGCACCAUCCUCGUGAGCGAUUCAGACCUGCAGCACGACACUCCAUGCAAUAUUCGAAUUCGACAGUGGCUCUUACAACAAUCAAUCAAGGAAGGACUACCGCUUUUUGUGGAGCUCUCUAUCAAGCACGGAGCGGACCCUUGUCCUACAGUGAAUGAAGACGGCCUAGAGUUGUCACCACUGUAUCUCGCCUUUUUGGCCAACCAUAUGGCGGGGUUUCAGAGGCGCAAUGUUCAAAAAGCUCUCCUACGAUCAGGUGUCAAUCUUAGCACGACUAGGAGCUUCCAUUGUGAUUCCCUCAACGAGGGCAAUAUGCUGCAGCAUGCGGUCUUGCUAUCAGAGGGCUCAUCGCCACUGUACAGCUGUAUAGCGCCUUUAUACACAGACUCGCAGGCCUGGUAUGCGGUCCAUGACCUGCUCGAGAGUGGGCUAACUCCGAAUGAUAUGACGGAGGUAUGGCAGGGUUUGUGGUCCAACGCGUGUCAUUUCGCCAUCGUUCGCAGCAGGAUCGAGCUGGCACAAAUCCUCAUUGAUGAUGACCACACCAGCGUAGAUGCAACCUUACGGUCUACGUGCGCUGCAAGUGCCAUCUUCGAGCAGACUACUCUCUUGGACCUGGCCGUUCUGCAAGGGCUUUCGCCAAUCGUUGAGCAGCUACUGGCUAAGGGAGCGCGAGUGGACAGCAAAUCAAGAAUAGCAGCUCUGCAUGUGUGCUCCACCAAAGGAGACCUUGAGAUCGGCGUCAAACUGCUAAUGGCGGGCGCAAACGUGGACCAGAACGGGAAGCAUGGGACCUGCCUCUAUCAGGCUCAACACGAGGGUCAGUGGCAGAUGGCAACGCUCCUGCGCCUCUUCGGUGCCAAAGCUAUUCCGACUGUCGCUGCGGUCGUUGCAGACGACGAACAAGCCUUCUUCGACCGAUGCCUGCAGCUGAAUAAUACAGACCUUUCAGACAACCACCGGGAUUCAAUAGUAACGAAUCCGCAGGAACAGGAACAGGAACAAGAAGAUCAAGCCCGCGGUCGAAGCGCACCUGACACCACGAUAUCAACACAGCAGAUGUCUCGGUCGCAGUCUGAGUAUCGUCGAUCUCAUCAACGACGAAUACUUCGUCAAAGAGCCAGUUCUGCGCCUCCCUGUAUUCCGGCCGCCGCUUCACACUCUGCCACCGGACUCGACGCGGAAAGAGUGUGCUGUGAACGCAACAUGGAUAGCCAGAGCCAGAGCUACCCACCAAUGGAAGCUGAAAGCCACCUUUCCACGAAAUUGAGCACAGACGACAGUGACUAUCUCCAUGCACGCCCCACUGGUCAUGACGCCGCCGACGAUGACGAUCAAAUCGCAGCAGGUUCUGACAGUGACUCCGACGCGAGCUCGCAACCCGAGCCGCAACUUCGAUUCGCCGAUGUCUUCCUGAGCAGCAUUGACCCGACGCCUUCCAUCGACAUGUACUGGCCAACACCUGAGGCGCCAUUCGCUUCAACGGCCUCGCAGAAUAACGACGCGAGAGCUCAACUUCUCGCUGUCCCACAACCACCGCCGCUGUUGCUAGAAUCUUCGAUGCCCGCAGAUCUACGCAAGGAGUGUGCGGCGGCCGCUGAGGUACUGUGCGGCGGCCGCUGA